AUGGAUCCAUUGAACACAUCCAUUGAUGAACAGUCGCUGAAGAGUUGUUUGGAUUGUCUCAAAGUCUUGCGAUUAUUGCCAAAGAAGUCAAUCGAUGACAACGAAUGCAACUCAUUGUCGAUCCAAACAAUGGGCAUCAAAGUGUUGGACAGAACUCGACAGACAAACGGCACGAAUCGGUGUUUGGGCGCCAAAUGCACGCAUAUAUGCCUUCCCACGAAACUGGACUACCGGUGCGUUUGCUCGAAGAAUACCAACUUCGAGACCAGAGGUGACCACAACCACCACUACAACUGUGCCAUCGAUUGGGAAUACGGAUCCCAUUCAUAGUCAGAUCGUUGACCACAGUAUUCACUCAAAUAUGGCAAACAUUUCACACAAAUUGGAUACUUUAAUCAAUAAUACACUCUUCGGACUGUUGUGGUACCGACUGAGUCCCAUAAUAAUCACUGGAUUGCAUUGGCGUUGGUGUCCAUUGCUAUUAAUCUCAUACUAAUCGCUGUUUUUAUUUACCGAAAGCGGAAAGUACCCUUUUCUGGCAACCUUUGGGCUAAAUUUCGAAAUGACCGGGAAGAAAUAUAUCUCAAUGAAACAUCCAAUGACCCUGAUGAAUUGCGAUUCAAUUGUGUAAUUAAAAUGUGAAUUAAUUUUUGUAUUUAUUUGUAUGUUUACAUUUUAUAAUUGUUUCAAUUUUUAAAUUAAAAUACAUCAGGG